CUUCAACAAGCCUCGAGCAGGCCUUGCCCCAGUUCUUCAGGCCUCAAGUACCGGCAGUCCACGAUCUCAGCGUCUCCGGGGAAGAUGCCAAAAAGCAAAGUGAAUGUUGGAGGUGUCGUUAUCUGCAUCCCAACAUCGACAAAAGUCUCAAAGGAGGUGGUACAGAGAGGCUUUAUCACAGACAAGGCAGAGAGAGAGCGCACAAUGCACGCCUAGAAAACUGAUUAUGUGGCUAGGGUGAGACAACAUCGAGAGUCUUCCUGUGGUGUUCCUGUUCCUAGGAUGCCUCGGGUGUCACUUUUCACAUUGUCUUCGGUCUUAUGCCUUUCCCACUAUGGUGCGCGCGGGCGGGAUUCACUCCUUCCCGUUCACGACAACGCGGGGCCGCCGGCGUUCACGGCUCUUGCCAGGCUCGCCAGGCACUUUGACGCCCGCGCAGUUCGCCGUCCAUCCUGCCCUGCUGCUGCACGCCUCUUUUGUGUUUCCUCAACUUGCAUGCUCGGCGCUAGCUUGGUGGUGAAGGUCCCCGCUGUGGAGGGCUCCAGUGGCCUUUGGGAGCUGCCGAAUCCGGUUCGACGACGGUUGCAUUGGAGUCAUGAAGCAACCCAAGGUCAACAAGCACCGCAUUUUGAUUGAUU